AUGCCAUGUGAAUCACGCAGCAGAGACCACUGUCUCGCCAGCACGAUCUCGUGGCGGUCUGAUGAGCUCGAUACCAUUAUGUUGAUCCUCGCAACGGCGGCUAGCCUAACGGCAGCUGCCCAGCUCCAGAACAACUACCUUCCACCCGCCGGGGCUGGCGGAGCUGGUGGCAGUCCUGGCGCCAUAGCUGCGCCCUUCGGCAAUGGCGGUAGUGGUGGAGGUAGAGGAGGAGGAGGAGGAGGAGGAUUUGGAGGAGGCGGUGGUUUCGGAGGCGGAAAUGCAGGAAAGGGUGGGGGUGCAGGUGGAGCCGGUGGAUUUGGGGGAGGUGGAGCCGGUGGAUUUGGGGGAGGAAAUGUGAUUCCAAUACUGUCUCAAACUAACGAACCCAACAAAGGGGAUGGCUCAUUCUCAUUCAGCUAUGAGAGCGGUAACGGCAUUAAGGUGCAAGAACAAGGAAGCCAGCAAGAAGCGGAGGAGGGCCCUGGGACUGCAGUCCAAGGUUCCUUCUCAUAUGAGGGUCCAGACGGUCAACUGAUCACCAUCACCUACACGGCAGACGCCAACGGGUUCCAGGCACAAGGGGACCACUUGCCCACGGCCCCUCCUAUUCCACCAGAAAUUCUACAAAGUCUUGAGCAGAAUGCUGCUGAAGAAGCUGCAGGUGGAGGUCAAGGAGGCGGUGGAGGAGGAGCUGGAAGUGGUGGAUUUGGAGGUGGAGGAGGAUAUUCUAAUGGUGGCGCUGGAGGAGGAGCUGGAGGUGGUGGAUUUGGAGGUGGAGGCGGCAAAGCAAAUGGAGGAGGUGGAGGUUUCUCUGGUGGCGGUGGUGGGGGAAAUGGUGGUAAAGGAUACAACUACCCCAGACCAGGAUAG